CACCACUUAGGACCAACUCUCCCAAGUUUCUCCCCCCAGUCUUUUAAUGAACCUUACAAGUUGCUAGUGCUGACCACAAUGUUAUCUGGCCGGUGGUGGUGGUCAAGUACUUGGGGAAAUCUAGGACUGGGACCCAGAGGCCCUUCUCGGGGAUCCCAGCUCUGUGUCCUUUAUGCCUUCACUUACACUGGGGCAGAUGGCCAGCAGGUGUCUCUGGCUGAAGGGGACAAGUUCCUCCUUCUUCGAAAGACCAACUCAGAUUGGUGGCUGGCAAGGCGCCUAGGAGCACCCUCCAACUCUCAACCGAUCUUUGUUCCAGCUGCCUAUGUGACAGAGGAAUCCAGACCUUCUCAGAGUCCAACCACCAUUAGCUACAGCCAAUCUCACUGGACUCGUGGAUCAAAGUUGUUUCAUGGAUCCCUGGAGGAGCUGCAUCUGUCUCAGACACCUCACAGCAGAACUCAGGCUAUGUCUGAGAAGCCACCCCCUCUCCCCCCAAAAAUCUGUAGAAGUAUCAGUGUUAACAAUUUGAGUUCUGGUAUCCUGAAGAACCAGGAAGAACCAAAUGAAAGGUCCCUCUCCCAGAGAGACUUACUGACAGGGGCCGUAAAUAGCAUGGCAGGACACCAGCCCCUCAUGUCAGAGCCCCCCGUGUACUGUAACCUGGUGGACCUUCGACGCUGCCCCCGAUCCCCACCCCCAGACCCUGCAUGCCCGCCCCUGCAGAAGCUGGACGCCUGGGAGCAGUACCUGGAUCCUGUCUCUGGACGCUGCUUCUACAUUAAUUCACUGACAGGCUGCAAGUCCUGGAAGCCCCCUCGUCGCUCUCGAGACCGAGAGACGAACCGUGGCUCCAUGGAGGUGAUACAGACGCUGAAUAAGGGCAGUGAUGUUCUGCAACCUCAGACUAAGAGUUUAAUAUCAGACAAAGGGAACUCAGGACUACUGGACCCCCAGGGCUUACCCAGCCUCUGCCAUAGGAACUCCCAGCUGGACACCUCAGACCUGUCUGCAGCCUCAAGAUCCUCUCGACCUCUUCCACAACUCCUGGAGGACCCCCACGAGGUGGAAAAGUCGGGCCUGCUCAAUGUGACCAAGAUUGCCCAGGGGGGCCGCAAGCUCAGGAAGAACUGGAGCCCGUCAUGGGUGGUGUUAGCGGGUAACAGCUUGGUAUUCUACCGGGAGCCGCCACCGACUGCGCCCUCCCCAGGCUGGGGACCAGCGGGCAGCCGACCCGAAAGCAGCGUAGACCUUCGCGGGGCAGCGCUGGCCCACGGCCGUCACCUGUCUAGCCGUCGCAACGUGCUACAUAUCCGCACAGUCCCUGGACAUGAAUUCCUGCUGCAGUCAGACCAGGAGACGGAGCUGCGAGCCUGGCACCGCGCGCUGCGGGCGGUCAUAGACCGGCUGGAUCGAGAGAACCCCUUGGAGCUGCGUCUAUCCGGCUCAGGCCCUGCGGAACUGGGGGAACUGAGUGCUGGGGAAGAUGAGGAAGAAGAGGAGCCGGAGCCCUUGCUUAAGCCUCUGUGGCGGCUCAGCGGGCGCCGCAGCUCCGGUCGGUGUCCAGAAGGAACCGAGCAGAACCGAGUUCGCAGCAAACUAAAGAGGCUUAUCGCAAAAAGGCCGCCUUUGCAAAGCCUGCAGGAGCGGGGUUUGCUCCGAGACCAGGUGUUCGGCUGCCAGUUGGAAUCACUGUGCCAGCGAGAAGGGGACACCGUACCCAAUUUUGUGCGGCUCUGCAUUGCUGCUGUGGAUAAGAGAGGUCUAGAUGUGGAUGGCAUUUACCGAGUUAGCGGGAACUUGGCAGUGGUUCAGAAGCUUCGCUUCCUUGUCGACAGAGAGCGAGCAGUCACCUCUGAUGGGAGAUAUGUAUUCCCAGAACAGCCAGGACAAGAAGGACGACUAGACUUGGACAAUGCUGAGUGGGAUGACAUUCAUGUGGUCACUGGAGCCUUGAAGCUUUUUCUCAGGGAGCUGCCUCAGCCUCUGGUACCCCCAUUGCUGCUGCCUCAUUUCCGUGAUGCCCUUGCCCUUUUGGAAUCAGAACAGCGCCUCGCCCAAAUACAAGAGUUAAUAGGCUCAAUGCCAAAACCCAACCAUGACACUCUGCGGUACAUCCUGGAGCAUUUAUGCAGGGUGAUGGCACACUCUGAUAAGAACCGCAUGACUCCUCACAACCUGGGAAUUGUUUUUGGACCCACCCUGUUUCGGCCAGAGCAGGAGAUUUCUGACCCAGCGGCUCAUGCUCUCUACCCUGGGCAGUUAGUCCAGCUGAUGCUCACCGAGUUCCCCAGCCUAUUCCCUUGA